AUGUCUCAUUCACAAAUUCUGAUUGUGUUCCUGUGUUUUCUACCUUUGGCAGGUAUGUAGACACACACAUGAAACAUUCAAUCACUCUUUAAUUUUUGAGCUACUGAAUUUCAAGUUCUGAGGUGUGAUGUUGAAGUUUGGACUAUGGGUGCUUCAUUUAUUUCAUAAUUUAGAAGAACUUGUUUUUGGACUACAGUGACUAUUUCAACCCAAACUGAAAGAACAUUUUCAACUUCUUAAUAGAGCUAAGUAUGAACAAGAAAAGCAGCAGGCAAAGAUGGGUGUGUGAAGCUUCUCCUUGUUAUUUUGUCUUCUGAUUUUCAUACCAAAAUCCAGUCAGAACCAGUACCUUAAACUGGAACAAAUGUAUCUUAAAAUUGUAUAUAUAAAACAUAAUUCUAGUAUCGGAAAAUUGAGGAUUCUCAUGUGUUUGAAGUUUGAGUAUGUGGGACAACUUUAGAUAACGUUUCUUUAAAAUAGCACCAUAAGGAAGUUAAAUCAGCAGUAUUUGUAUGGUUAUCUUAAUAUCAUGAAUUUAAUUGAUCAUUUUGAAUAUGAGGGAACUAUGUCUCUCUACUUUAGUGACAUUUUGCAUCUCUGUCUUUUUUGUGAUAUCUGACAGUCUCAUCUUGUCAUUUGUAAGGACACUGAUACAAUAACCAAUUGUUGCUGCAUUUCCUGGAUAUCUAAUUAGUUUCUAAAACAAGAGAAUGGAUAUAAAUAUUUUCCUGUUGUUUUGUUUUGUUUUUUUUCCCCCCUCAGCAUCUUUGCAGUGUUACGCUUGUGUGUUCCCUGCCAUCUCUCCUCUGGACUGCCUGAAGUUUCCUCAGGAGUGUCCGGCUGGGCAGCAUUGUCUGUCAAGUACUGCCACGGGAAAACGGGGUGAGAAAGAAACAGAGCUCUCUCCUUCUCUCUCUUGUCUGUGUUUGGAAAAACGAGUUUAUUUCUGUGUCUGUAGAUGAGAUUUUUUCCCAGAAUCUGAGGCAUGACGACAAAUUGGCAGACAAAUCCUCAUUGUACACAACAUUUUGAUAAAUGUUAGGCACAGUGUACUCUGUAUUUAUGCAUGAAAUAGUUUAUGUAAUUGUUAGGAUAAACUGUGGAUUUAUAUCUUUACAUUCAGGCUGCGUCCAUCACUUCUAAAGGUCAGUGUAGAAAUGUAACCUCUUUCUGUGGUCACAGCUCCAGAACUAUUUACCCUGUGAAAGCUCUAUAUCAGGCCUUUACUCAGAGGCAGGUUUGAUGAGGUAUUCAGAUUAUUUUGUCCAGGAAAUAGAAAAAACUCUCAAAUCAAGAACAAAUAAUGAAAAAACAUCUGGAUUAAGACUACAGCUCUGUGUAUCUGAGUUAUGGACAUGAAUCCAUCUGAGGGGAAACAUUUAAGCCUAAUCCACCCUCGUCUCCACAGACAUAAUGACCAAAUGAGACAAAAGAGAAAGUCAGACGAUCGGGUCGCAGCAUCAUUUCUCUUCAGCCUGGUUGUCAGCUCUCUAAUUCUUCUGAUGCUGUCAAAUUAUCUCUAAAAAUAGAAAUAUGGGCGGGGACAAACAUUCUUGUUUGUGCAGAGGCUGAAAUCCCGCCCUCUUUUUCUUGUUCUUUUUUUUGAUAAGCACUUUAACCCCAACAUGCUCGUCCAUUUCUCAAUAUGAGUGUCAAGUGAUUCCUUUUGUAUCUACCACAAGACCCACAUAUCCUUCAACGUUACUCAACCUUUGCAAGCACACUUCAAUAAAGACGUCUGAUCUGAUUUAAAGUCAUGAGGCGAAAUAGGAAGAGAGUCUAAAAUUGAGUUUGUGGCGAUAGGUAAAAGAUGGUGCUGUUAAACAACAUUUCAAAUAUAUUCCUCACAUUUCCAAUCACAUUAGAUUAUAGGUAAAUGAGGGAGUUCUCACAUUAGUAAUGGUGGUUAAAUCUGGGGAAUCACACAUGAGACAAGAAAUCAAAUUGUAAAAAAAGCCACAAAAUUUGUCUAAAACAUUGAAGUAAUGGAGCACAAUGACUUUGGUGAAUAAAUACAGUAAAGGCUUUUUUCAGACCAUCAUGUCCAUGUAAAGUUAUGCAACACAAUCAAAUAUAUCAGAUAAAGAUUAGGUGCAGGUUUGGAAAUGUACAAGUUUUGUUUUCAUUCCAAAUCCGCUUCCUGAAAUGUUUUAAUAAAAUCACCACAGAGGGAAAAAUAUGAGAACUAUGAGACCUCUCCUUUCCUCAUCACUGAGUAAACUCCUCUCUCUCUUCUCUCACAGGUGCCCUUACGAUCUCAAUGUAUGAGAAGAGCUGUGCUGUUUCCUCUCAGUGCGGCGUGAGCGGACAGAAAUACACCUCAGGCCUUUACUUCAACUACACCAACGAGUGCUGUGACACAGACCUGUGUAACGGAGCCGUGUCCACUGCUGCCCUCAGCUGGGGAAGAGUCGCUCUGUGUCUGCUGCCUGCGCUCGCUCUGCUGCUGGCCUGA